UGGUAUAUAACCGAACAUAGAUUCAAGCGUUUUAUAAACAACGAUCAAAUAAUAAACAUGUCGCAACAAAUUGAUAUCAGCCAGCUUCCCAUUUCUCAAUUGAACGCUCUAGCUCAGCAAUUUGGAGAGGAGAUCGAGUUCUUUUCUAAUUCCUUGAAUCAGUUGAAGUUGGCUCAGAACAAAUAUGUAGAAUCUCAAGAGAGCCUGAACAAAGUGUCUCCUCAGAGCAAAGACAAAGAAAUCCUGGUUCCACUUACAAGCUCUAUGUAUGUUCCUGGGCAGCUCUCAGAUGUGGACAGUGUGCUAAUUGAUAUUGGCACUGGAUACUAUGUGGACAUGAGUGUUGACAAUGCCAAGGACUACUUCAAGCGUCGCAUUGACUUCCUCACCAAACAGAUGGAGAAAAUACAGCCCAUUCUGCAGGAGAAAUACAAGAUGAAACAAAUUACCACAGAGAUUCUGCAACUCAAAAUCCAGCAGCAGAUGCAGGCCCAGGGUGUGGCACCUAAGACGUAACAAAUCCACUGCCAUUAAUAGACCAGUUUUCUGUACCUUUUAACAUUUUGAGACAUUAAAAAGAAUUCUCAUAUCUGA